UGUCGUAUUGUGCAGCGCUGAAAUUUGUGCGGCAGUGAAAAAUUUCUUCAAAAUAUUUUUGCAAAACUUUCAAUUUUUCUAUGAAAACUUAAGCGGUUUCGCGUGAAAAGUGUUUCUAAUUACAGUUAAGUGCCGCUGACAUGCGGUGUUGUUGAAAAUUAUUGCGUAACUGUGAAUUUUCACUGCGAAAUCGUGUGAAAAUCGUGCGUGUGCCAGUUUCCUAAACGCGUGUGUUUGUGUGUGUGCGUCGCUGCCCAGUUGAUUUUUGGUGCAAACAAAACGCUGGCGCUCGAAAGCCUGCCAGAGCAAUUGUGUGUGUACUUACACUUUCGCGUGUUUAACUAAAUCGCAUUUGAUUAAAUAAUGGAGAACGAGUCAGCGCUGAAUUAGCAAUGAAAUAAUCGAUUACCCAAGUGAUUACAAAGUAAUGCAAAGCGGCCUGUAUGUAAUCAAAGCGCUGGAGUGUCAAAUAUUCAACUAAAGUGAGCAAGAGAGAGCAACUAAAAAGGUGAGCACGAAAAUACAUUCGCAAUUUCAAUCGACAUCAAAGUGUCACAUUGAGAGUGUAAAAGAGCAGGUCAAGUGCCUACUGGCAACUGCUCGAAUUGUCCAUUAAGAACAAAAGUGGAAAGCAGAGACUAGGAGCAUAAGGAGAUAAAACGAGUAGCACGAAAAAAGAAAUUGCCGGAGAAACAAAGAAAUUGAAAGUUGAAAACUUCAACGAAGCACUUUAAGGGCAAUUCACAACAAAAACUAAUUGUUGUAUUUGUAGUUGUGUGAAAAAUUUGUUGAAUUUUUUUUUGCAGUGUGAGCAAUCUGUAUUAAAAGCAGUGUAAAUUGCUGGAAAAAGGUGAAAAACAAGCCAAGAAAGGAGAGUGAGUGCGAGAGGCAAGUCGAAGGACAAACAAACAAAAGUGACAAAGUGAAAUUGCACGGUUGCAACGAAAAUAAUAAAAGCAAAUGAAAGAGUUGCAGAAAACUAAAUAAACUGCAAUGUAAAGAACUUAAACACUGUCGCACACUUAUACACUCACACGUGAGCGCCAGUAGAGCGAAGUAUACAAACAACAAUAAAAGUGAAUAAAGUGACAGCGAAAUUGUUGUAAAAUAAAAAUAAGUAGUGUGUGUAGCGUGGAAACAUUUGUUGAACAUUGCCAUAUAAUAAUAACAACAACAACAAGUACCGCCAACCAAACAACGAAGUAGCCUUGCGGCAUACUGAGCAAUGGCAGCAGGUGCAAAUGUUGCUGCCGCUGCUGCUGCAGCUGCAAACGCGCAAGUGGAGCAACAGCAUCGCCUGCAGGCACAACCACAAAGACAUCAACGGCACCAACCACAAUGGCUGCUGGUUGCCGCCAUCAUAUUGACACUGUUUACCGUGUCCAUUCAGGGCAUUACCGAGGAGCUGUCACCAGAUCAUGUGCGCGAAUUCAACUGUGGCAAAUUAUAUUACCGAACUUUCCAUAUGAAUGAGGCGAAGGACACGCUCUACGUAGGCGCCAUGGAUCGCGUGUUUCGCUUAAAUCUGAAAAAUAUUUCGUCAUCACAGUGCGAUCGCGAUGUUAUUAACUUGGAACCCACACGCGACGAUGUUGUCAGCUGCGUCUCCAAAGGCAAGAGCCAGAUUUUCGAUUGCAAGAAUCACAUUCGUGUCAUACAAUCAAUGGAGAACGGCGACAGGCUUUACGUUUGCGGCACAAAUGCACACAAUCCCAAGGAUUAUGUCAUCUACUCCAACCUUACCCAUCUGCCGCGCUCGGAAUAUGUGAUUGGCGUUGGCCAGGGCAUUGCUAAAUGUCCCUACGAUCCACUAGAUAAUUCAACUGCCAUUUAUGUCGAAGAGGGCAAUCCUGGUGAUUUACCUGGUUUGUACUCAGGCACCAAUGCAGAAUUCACAAAAGCAGACACUGUGAUCUUUCGAACGGAUUUAUAUAAUACGACAGCAAAGCGAUUGGAAUAUAAAUUCAAGCGUACACUUAAAUAUGACUCCAAAUGGUUGGACAAACCAAAUUUCGUCGGCUCUUUUGACAUUGGCGAGUAUGUAUAUUUCUUCUUCCGCGAAACUGCCGUCGAAUACAUCAAUUGUGGUAAGGCCGUAUACUCACGAAUCGCACGCGUUUGCAAAAAGGACAUUGGUGGUAAAAAUCUGCUCGCACACAAUUGGGCCACCUAUUUGAAGGCGCGUUUGAACUGCAGCAUCUCCGGCGAAUUUCCAUUCUAUUUCAAUGAAAUCCAAUCUGUAUAUCAGCUGCCAACGGAUAAGACACGUUUCUAUGCGACAUUCACGACCAGCACAAAUGGCUUAAUCGGCUCGGCGGUGUGCAGUUUCCACAUCAACGAAGUGCAAGCCGCUUUCAACGGCAAAUUCAAAGAACAAUCCUCCUCCAAUUCAGCUUGGCUGCCAGUUCUAAAUUCGCGUGUACCCGAACCACGUCCCGGCACCUGUGUGAACGACACCUCAAAUCUCCCAGACACCGUGUUGUACUUUAUACGCUCGCAUCCGCUUAUGGAUAAAGCUGUGAAUCAUGAACACAACAAUCCAGUUUAUUAUAAACGAGAUUUGGUAUUCACUAAGCUGGUUGUUGACAAAAUUCGCAUUGACAUACUCAACCAAGAAUAUACCGUCUACUAUGUGGGCACCAAUUUGGGACGUAUCUAUAAAAUCGUACAGUACUAUCGUAAUGGUGAAUCGCUGUCGAAAUUGCUUGACAUCUUCGAUGUGGCACCGAAGGAGGCGAUACAGGUGAUGGGCCUCAGUCAGGCACGUAAAUCGCUCUAUGUUGCCACAGAUCAUCGCAUCAAGCAAAUCGAUUUGGCGAUGUGCAAUCGACGUUAUGACAAUUGCUUCCGUUGUGUGCGUGAUCCCUACUGCGGCUGGGACAAGGAGACGAACACAUGCCGCCCGUACGAAUUGGAUUUGUUGCAGGAUGUUGCCAACGAGACCAGUGAUAUUUGCGACUCCAGCGUGUUGAAGAAGAAAAUCGUCGUCACCUAUGGGCAGAGCGUGCAUUUGGGUUGCUUCGUCAAAAUACCAGAGGUGCUGAAGAACGAGCAAGUUACCUGGUAUCAUCACUCCAAGGAUAAGGGGCGCUACGAAAUCAAGUACAGUCCCACCAAGUAUAUUGAGACCACUGAGCGCGGUUUGGUUGUCGUAUCGGUGAAUGAAGCGGAUGGCGGUCGCUAUGAUUGCCAUUUGGGCGGCUCCUUAUUGUGCAGCUACAACAUCACCGUCGAUGCACACAGAUGCACUCCGCCAAACAAAAGCAACGAUUAUCAGAAAAUCUACUCGGACUGGUGCCACGAAUUUGAAAAAUACAAAACCGCCAUGAAAUCGUGGGAAAAGAAACAGGCGCAAUGCUCUUCGCGUCAGAACUUCAGCAAUCAGCAUCCCAAUGAAGUUUUUCGUAAAAACAAUGUCUGAUAUCAAGAAAAUCAACUACAAUUAACUUCCAUAAAACUGCAUCUAUAAGAGGUAAAGAUUGAUCGGGAACAACUGAUAGCUAUCAACUGAGGAGUUGGCGAACUGAGCGUUUAAAAUUGGCAUGCUAAGAGACUAACUAGCGACUGGUAAUAAAGGUGUAACGGAGGAGCUUUCAUAUAUGUCUAAUAUUACGAAAGCUUGGCAGAGGUGAAGAGGUUGAAAAUUGAAUACAAGAUAUGGCACUAAAGGGCGGCGUACAUGAAAGCUUUUAAGAAUUUAAGUUCACAAGGUCGAGAAACAUCGAUACUACAUUAGAUAUAUACUUAUAGACCAACAUUCAAGCGUUCAUUAAAAGUUAAAAAUUUAAUUAUUGACAUGAAAAACAGUUGAAAAAUAAAAUAUGACAAGCAUAAACAAAAUUGAAUACACUCAAGCAAUCGCAUUAUAGCUAAAAAUAAUAUAAAAUAAUAAGUUGAAAAAAAUAACAAAAAAUUAAUACUGUAAGAUACUUAAAAUUAAUAAUAAAGAACUUAAAAUGAACCAAACAAAAGCCGAUAAAAAACACAAAAACAACACAAACAUAAAGCAAGCAAAGCUAAAAUCUACAAAACCAACGAAAGUUCCCGCAUUGAAACAUGGUUGAAACACACACUUUGAAACAAAAAAAUAAAAAUAAUUUAAAGUAAAAAUAGCACAGGAUUACAAGCAUAAAGGCGGUCCUUAAAUGUGCAAAGCAAAAAAUGCUUAAACAGCCAUACAAAUACAAAAAACAAAAUGCAAUUAAAAAAUACUCAUGCAUGCAUAGACCAGCAUAACAACAACAAACAGUAAAUAAAUCAUUUAUAUAAACGAAAAAAAAUGUGAAACGCAAUGCAAAAAUAACAAAAGCACAAACAGAUUAUUGGUAAAACGAUAAAUACAAAAGCAACGCGGCUUAAUUUUUUCGCAAUAAAUAGGCGUUAAAUACAUAGGCUAAUAAAUAUUGACAGUAAAAACAAUAAUUAUACACAAAUUAAAUCAUGAAGAAGGUGGCGAAAAACGGCGAGCCGUGUAGCACGUGCAACUGGCAACAAUUCAAAUUCAAUAAAAGGCAAUAAAUUUUUUUGAAGAGACCGUUAACAAUUGGCGCCGAACUGAUAGCAUUAAGUUACCAUUUUUUACAAGCUCAUAAUAACAACAACAAGCAAAUCUAGCAGUUGAAACCAAGUCUAAAAGCAGGCGGUAUUAGCAAAAACACUGCGGUAUAAUGUAAGUAGAAUCAUGGUACUACAGAUUUUAGCUUUUGAGAUUAGAUUGAAUUUUUCAAAAUAUUUCUAAUGCAAUAACGGGUCAACUUAAUCGAAGUUUUCAGCAACUUUCAAGUUUUGAUAAACACUUUUAUAUUCCCAACUGGACUACUCCUGAGCCCUUUUUUAUGAAAUAUUAAAAAUGUAGCAAGCUUAUAUACAUACCUUUAUAUUCUCAAUUCGUUACAACUGGGCUUUACGCCUAAAAGCUCAAACAUUUUUAUACAUCAGUAUUUUAUUAAGCUGGUACAAAUGAGAGCGUCUCUUGGUAAGGAAUUGUGAAAGAUUUUGUUCAAAAUUUCGGGGCUUAAAGCUCAGGUCAACACCGACAAAGUUUAUAUUUAUGUGUAUGAUACAAGUAAAAGCAUAUGUAACCUUUUGAGCCUUGAAAGCUUUUGCUCAAAGUUGUGAGCUUAUAGCUCAGGUCAGCACUCGAUCCGAACCCCAUAUGUUAUUUGAUAUGAUCUUUGAUUAGUACAGGUAACAGAGUUUGUAACUUUAUUAACCUUGAAAGCUUUCGUUUAAAGUUCCAAAGCUUAAAGCUCAAAUCAUCACUUCACAAGCGCCCUACAUGUUAUUUGAUAUACAUAUAUCUGUGUUUAAAAUAAGUGGUAGUGUGUGUUACUUAAUGAUCUUUGAAAGCUUUUGUUUAAAAUUUCUCAGCUUAAAGCACAGAUCUGCACUCCAUAAAAGCGUACUUGCUACACAUAUUUUUGUCUUAAAAAUUACGCUAAAAUACUGAUUUUAAUUCUCUGCUCUAUAUUACAUCAAUAUUUAAAGCUUAAAUUAAGUUCUGAUAUCAGUCAAAUAUGAUAAUAUAUAAGCUUGACGUAGCCUAUCUACCUUGCAAUAAAUGCAAUCAUGUUUCAAAAUUUGUUCGGCUAUAUUUAACGUUUUUGCUUAACGAAAAAUUAAGGUUGAAAAAAAAUAUUCUCGGUAUAUUGAAACACAUAUUUUAGAUUUUUGUUUAUAAAUAAGUAUAAUAUUUUGUUUGAAAUUUUCGAACUGUGGCCGCCAACUUUCAUUGUGUUUCAUGAAAUAUUGAUCAAUAAUGAAGAUAUGUUUAAUAAGACUAAGCCCUCGCUGUCGAUUUUUUGAGUACACCAUGCACUAAUUUCAAUAUUGCGUCUAUUUCUGGACACCCUUUAUAUAAGCAGACAAAUUCUCUUCAUCUAUCGCCAGCUCAAGCUCGUAACUAAAGCUCACAUAAUAUACUAUAUACUCUUUAGCCUGUUUGCGUUGCCUCUAAACACAUAUUUUCUUUUCAAUGAACUAGUAUUAAACAGAAUUUUGAAUAACUGCAUAUGUAGACAAAAUUAUAAGAAAUAAAUUACGCGUAUUAAAAGCGAAAAUCGACAAGCAAUGUGAUGUUAAGUUUGAAUGCAUUUAACUAUUAUUGAGAGAAAAACAACUAUAACUAUGAGCAAUUUCGCUUGAAACCUAUGAAGUAUUUGCUAUAUAAAAAUAAAAAACAAAAACUAAUGGAAAUUCAACCAAUGCACCUUAAGUUACUCUAGUAUAUUUUUAAUCUCAAAAUACAUACUUUAAACACAUAAAAUAUAAUAAAAUAAAAUAAAACAUAAUCUAACAAAAGUAAAUGAAAAGUAGAAAAAUGCGCAAAAGCAACAGCAGUCCAUAGCUUUUAAGUCAAAGUGCAUUCGAGUAUUUAAAUGGAAUGUUGAACAGCAAGAGAACAAGAAUAAAUCAAUUCUUUUUGUCAUUUUAUAUAAUUUCUCAUGAAAACAUUUUCAGUUUCCCAUAAUAAAAAUUUAAUAAAUCAGUGAAUACUUGAAAGCGUAUUGCCUUUGCUAAAUACGACAAAUUGCAAGAAGAAUUCCUAGCAAUGCAUUUAUUUUUUACUAAAACAAAAUAUUUUCACUAAAAUAACACAAAAUUCAAAAGCAUAAAAUCUUUUUAAAAUACCGCUCUUCACUUCAUCACACAUUUCUCGACUUGUUUUGGAAUCACUCGUACUUAUCGUAAAUAUUUGUUGCAUUUUAAUCUCAUAAAAUAUUAUAUAAGCAAAUACCAAUCUAAAAGUUAUAUACAUACAUACAUAUCUGUUCGUACAUUUGUGUGUGCAUUUCUGUAGUUAAGUUAAAUUUUUGAUAGUACAUUGUAAUUUAAAGAUAAACAAAAAGCAAAACAAAACAAAAUAAUUUUAAAAUGCAUGUUUCUCUUAUUUUCAUAAUUUUUUUUAAACUAGUACUUAAGCGCUUAAACGUAAGAAAGAUUAUUAAUGAAAUAAACAUAUUAUUAAAAAUAUAAA